CACUUCAUUUGAAUUUGUAGAAAAGUAACUUCUCUAUUCGCCCAUUCUUCUUUGAAGCUUUUACAAGCUUGAAGCUAUGGCGUCGACUAUUCCCCGAAACGGCGUCGUUCAACGCGGAACCGCCAAGUUAGAUCGCCAAGGCGCCAACAACAACAGCAUCCUCAGAACGAAGCCUCGCCACUCUCACCCUCCGGGACCCGCCGCUCUCCGCCGCAGCUCGCCAUCUCACGCUGGCGACGCAGUUCCUGGAAGAGUUCAAGUGGCUGUAAGAUUGAGACUUCCAAAUGCAGAAGAAAUGAUGGCAGAUGCUGUAAGAGUUUUCAUGCCUUCAUCAUUUCAUUCUAUUUAAGGAUAGUUGAUAUAUGGGAUAAUGAAAGACUAGACCAUAUUAUGGAAAUCUAAGUCAUUUCAUGUAAGUCAUUUCAUGAACUCAGUUGUUUAGCUCAUUAGUAAACAAAUGUCGGAAGUUUGGAUCUGGCUUUAUGCAUGCAACAACCUAUUGGUCAAUAGCAAACUCUUCAAUAGAGCUCUAGUUCGCAACGGAUUAAUUAUUAAUCUGUUGGGUUAAAAAAUAUCGUAAAAAAAAUCAUUUUAAAAAUAAAAUAAAA